AUGGAUUACGAGAUGGAUAUCGAGCCCGCGGGGCCCCAGGUUACUGUUCGCGAGGCCGAACCAUAUCGCGUCGACUUUAAACUCAGCAAUGUCGACCUCUCCUUUGCGAAUGCCCUGCGACGGACGAUGCUCGCGGAGGUGCCCACGCUCGCGAUCGAUGUGGUCGAGAUCGAGAAGAACACCUCGGUGAUACCGGACGAGUUCCUCGCGCACCGGCUGGGCCUGAUCCCGCUCAACUCCAAGAACUGCGACCAGGACAUGGAAUACGCGCGCGACUGCACCUGCGACACCCACUGCGCCCGGUGCAGCGUCACGCUGACCCUGCAUGCGCGCUGCUCCGGGGACGAGGUCAUGAAAGUGUACUCCCGCGACCUGGUCGUCACGGGCGAGCGGGCAAACGAAUGGGUCGGCAACCCGGUCAUCACGGAUCCUGAGGGCAAGGGGCCUCUCAUCUGCAAGCUCCGGCGCGGCCAGGAGCUGAAGCUUACGUGCAUCGCGAAGAAGGGGAUUGCCAAGGAGCAUGCCAAGUGGGCGCCCACGGCGGCAGUAGGCUUCGAGUACGAUCCGCACAACAACCUGCGCCAUGUCGACUACUGGUAUGAGGAGGAUCCGGCCAAGGAAUGGCCUAUCUCAGAAAACGGAAAAUGGGAGACACCCAACCCACCGGACCAACCCUUCGACUACGACGCGCAACCGAGCAACUUCUACCUCGACGUCGAGAGCGUUGGGAACCUCGAGCCGGACGCGAUCAUCCAGCAAGCGAUCUACGUCCUGCAGACGAAGCUGGCCGUGGUCAUCGACUCGCUCAACAACCCGGACGGACACGAGGGCGCGAACGGCAUGGCCGAGGACGAAGACAUGGUAGGCGGCGCGGUGCGCAGUCCAGACGCAUACGAACCGCCCGAAGGCAUCGACGGAGGCGGCUUCACGGCAUACGGAGCGAACGGGGGCCGCAGUGCCUGGGGCGGCGGUACAACUCCGUACGGCACGACGCCAUACGGACAAAAUUAUGGAUACUAG